UCACUUCGGAACCCACUCAAGGGGCUUCUCAGUGUUAAGCUCCUGCGUGAAUGUGUCGUGUGCCUUCCCGCCCCCAGGAUAGGAGUACGAUCCAGGCUGCUUCUCGGCCUCGUCCAGUGCGGCGAGGAGCUCGUCUGCCGUCGAGUCGGACUUGAAGCGGACGUUGCCCGUCUCCCUGGCCUUGGCGAUGUGUCUGUCGAUGUCGAAGUCUCCCUUUUCCUCCUCGGCCUCCUCCUGCUCUCCCUCUUGCUCCUCACGCUCCUCUAUCAUCACCGCUUCGCAACAAGCGUUGCACAU